GAAUACCUUACCGCAUAUUCUACAAUUCCUGCCAUUGAUAGAUAUCCAAACGAAACCUUCUUCUGGAAUGAUUAAAGCAACUUCCCAGGUACGCAAUAUAUGCUGUGUGUCCGAUUUAUUGCUGUUUCUCCGCCCAUCUUCGCAAUCUAGUGAGACUGACUGUGCGACUGUUGCGCCACUGUCGGUUGCCACGAUGAUAAGAAGGCAAAAAGGCGCUGUCUUGAGGCACAGGCCAUUGCUCAUUGCUAGUGAUCUCAGGGCCAUUCUAAAGUUCCUAAGACCUGUACUGCCUCCUGGUAUGAUUCGCUGACCCCCGUGUUUUUCACGCCGAUAGCUAUAGUGGUACAAAUAGCCCGAUCUCGGCUUAUCUCUGCGUUAGCCUACGUUGUGUAAUCAUUUCUCGGUGACAGUGUUCAGAUUAGAAGAAUCCUGGAAAGUGUUGCUACUGGAAACCCUAAGUUGAUAUUCCAAACGGCACGGGGAUAUAUAAUCCAGUACCGGAUCGACAGAAUAGAGCGAAAAUACACAAUGUUUUUGCUUUUCCGACUUGCUUCUCGGCAUGGUAGUAUCGAAUACUGUCUAGUUUUUUCUCUUCUCCGCCCUAUUAUGUGAUGGCCCCAUCGCAUCUAAGUGGAAGUGUACUGUUUGACC